AUGAAGCGAUUUGGAAAACUGUAGAAGAAGAGAUAAAUAAGAUUUUAAGUGAAAUAAUUUCGGGCAGAGAAUCUUCGGACGAAGAAAAUGAAACUCUGAAAAAUAAGUCAAAUGAAGUUGAAAUUUCUAUCAAAAUACAAGAUGAAAUUGCUGGUGAAAUGAAAAAGGAGGCUUCUGACCAAGAAAAAGUUUCUCAAAACAAACAAAAUGAUACAAAUGUGGCUAAUACAGCAAAGAGCAUAUUUGUUCUUUUAGCAAUAGUUAACAGUGAAUCCUUGCUAAUUUUAGAUACCACAACAAAAAAUAUUAUUAUUGAUGAAAAGCAUAAAAGAU